CCUCCCAGCCUGGUGCCGGAGUGGAAAAUGGAGACGGGGGUGAAAGGAGUGAGCACUGGGACCACCAUCCUGGCAGUGACGUUUGAUGGAGGCGUCGUCAUCGGUUCAGACUCGAGAGCUUCGAUGGGAGGGGAGUACGUAUCAUCCAAGACUAUCAACAAGCUGGUUCAGGUGCACGACAGAAUCUUCUGCUGCAUGGCCGGAUCGCUGGCGGACGCACAGGCCGUCAUCAAGGCUGCCAAGUUCCAGCUGGCCUUCCACAGUACCCAGAUGGAGUCCCCUCCCUUGGUGAUAGCGGCGGCGUCAAUCCUGAAGGAACUGUGCUACAAAAACAAGGAAGAGCUGCAGGCUGGCUUCAUUACGGCGGGGUGGGACAGAAAGAAAGGACCACAGGUAUACGUCGUGUCUCUUGGUGGGAUGUUAAUUAGCCAGCCCUUCACCAUCGCCGGCUCGGGCAGCACCUAUAUCUACGGCUACACCGACGCCAAAUUCAAACCCAACAUGACCAAGGAGGAGUGCCUACAGUUUGCCACUAACGCUCUCGCUCUGGCCAUGGGCAGAGACAACGUCAGCGGGGGUGUGGCUCACCUGGCGGUGAUCUCGGAAACGGGGGUGGAGCAUGUGGUUGUCCCUGGCAACAAGCUGCCAAAGUUCCACGACGAGUGAUGGCCUCUGAUGUCCUUGUGAGAAGGGAGGAGAUCCCCAACCCCCCCCCCCACCACCACACACACACAUUACAUCUGUAUUAGUAAAAUGUAAAAAGAGGGCGGAGUGGGGGUGGUGGGGGUGAGUAAGAGGGGAGGUGGAGUGAAUAAAGGAGGUGGGGGUGCGUUUUGCUUAGUUCUCCUUUAACACGGUCAUGUUUUAUGGCCUUCUGAAUCCCGUCCAUUUUAAAUGGCUUUGUAAGGCACUCUGUAACCUGCUCUUGGGAAGCCUGUGAUGAAGUGGUGGUGGUGUUGGUGAUGAUGACUGUAGCAGCUUCUCCAGAAGUCUUAAGAACAUAAAACGUGGUAUUGCAAUGCUUCCCUUUGUCUGUUAUGGACCCUGGGUCUGCAUUAGGUCUCGAGUUGAUGCUUUCCAGCGCAUUUACCCAAAAUAACCCGAAGCUUUGGCAGUUUUAUUGUCUUUAAUUGUUUCUCCUUUUAAUAAACAGCCAUACAAUAAUA